UAUUUAGAGGGAGAAACAGAGAGACAGAGUAGAGCAGGCCGAGAGAGAGAGAGAGAGAGAGAGAGAGAGAGAGAGAGAGAGAGAGAGAGAUCUGAGAAGUAAUUUCUGAAGCUAGGUUCUUAACUAAUAACCAUGGCGUCAAAGCUGUUGUUGAUUGCAGUCUUCAUCGUUAAUGUCAUUGCUUUUGGGCUGGCUGUUGCAGCUGAGCAGAGGAGAAGCUCUGCAAGGAUCGUUCAGGAUAAUGAGGUGAACUACAACUAUUGUGUCUAUGACUCGGACAUUGCAACUGGCUACGGGGUUGGUGCAUUUUUGUUCCUCUUGGUAGGUCAGGUCAUUAUAAUGGCAGCAAGCCGAUGCUUCUGUUGCGGGAAGCCAUUGAGUCCUGGAGGGUCAAGAGCCUGGGCAGUCAUCCUUUUCAUAACCUGCUGGAUAUUUUUCUUCAUUGCUGAGGUGUGCUUGCUGGCGGGUUCCGUGAGGAAUGCCUACCACACCCAUUACAGGACCAUUUUCAGUGAAAACCCCCCAGAUUGCCAGACAUUGAGAAAAGGAGUUUUUGGUGCAGGGGCAGCUUUCAUCUUCCUCACCACAAUAGUUUCUGAGUUCUACUAUGUUUUCUACUCCAGAGCCAGGGGAAGCUUCCAGCCAUAUGGUGGAGAGGCUGCUGUUGGUCUGGGAACCUUCAAAUGAUGCCAUCCAUAAUCAAUGUGAUUGAUUGAUGAUCAUUAGUUUGUAAUAGAUUUGAGAUUUGACUGUAGUCUGGCCUCCCCCAGUUGCAUGUUUUGAGUUGCAUAAAUAUGUGCUAAGGGUUCAGUUGAGUCUGUAUUAUAGUGGUAUUGUACUUCACAUUCUUUUCACUCUAUUGUGAAAUUCUUUUUCUUUUUUUUUCUUUUUCUUUUUUCUGAUUGUCAAAUACGGUAUUAAUAAUAGAAAAUCAUUUCUUGUGAUGUUAUA